AUGCAAAUGGGCAGUAUUUAUAAGCAGGCAACAGAAGUUAUAGUGUGGUUAGGUGAUAAGACUGACCAAGGGUUUGGGAAAGAUGUGGAGACUUUGAUACCUGAUGUUGGACUUCUUUCAAUCAAAAAUUUAGCUGCAUUGCAGAAAGAUCCAGCUAGCAAACCUUCCAAAACAGAUAUUGCCGAUGGGAUUGAUGAGUUUCUUCUAGGGGCAGAACUUAUAUCUCUUGGCGAAUUGUGCGGCAGACCAUAUUGGAAUCGUUUAUGGAUUGUGCAGGAAGUCCUUCUUGCUAAGGACCUGGCUAUUUGCUGGAGCAAUGAACAUAGUCCAGGACUGAGAACUGUGGCCUGGGCGGAAUGGAGUCGAGCUAGACAUACUUCGGAGAGUCUGAGAUCUUCACUUACCUCGAGCUGGGACAGCAAGCUUAAGAUAAAAUUUAUCGAAGCUAUCUUAGAGAGUGCACCCGCAAAUUUUGACAGACUCAGAGAGAAUGGCACUCAAAGAUGGCCUUUCGAUUCAUUGCUAAAAAUGUUUUCGAGUUCCGAAUGCCAAGUCCAAGCCGAUAAAAUAUAUGGUCUUCUAGGAAUAGUCAGUGACGCGGAACUCUGCAAUUUUCCUGUAGAUUAUGCUCGACCUUUGUUUGAUGCAUAUGUUGAGAUUCUUAACUGCUAUAAUCAAAGGCGAUCAACAGGGUCAUCAGCUCUCGGCAUCAUAAGACUGAGUCAGAGUCUACAACUUGCAUUGAAUGGUCCUAUCCCACCGCCUGCAAUGGCCUUGAACUGGUGUGAUGGAGAACAAAUAGACCAGACAAAAUUGUUCAAUUAUCGUGGUUAUAUGGAAGGCUUUGUUGUCGCGUCUAACAUUGCGAAGCAUGACCUCCCCCAAAGAUUGAAAAUGGAAUUUCCGGAUAUUAAAAGCUCAUGGAAGAUUGUCUCGAGCAAAAUUAGAGACUUGGAUUCCUGUAGUAAGAAAAGCUUGAAGGGUUUCGACAGUGAAUUUGGUUACGCUACGGGAGAAAGUCUACUGUGUUAUGAUGUUGGAAAGUCUGUGACCGAAGAAACCUCGGUCAGAUCUGGCAGAGUUCACGAAACAGGAUUUUUUAUAUCUAGCACAGGAGAGUUUGGCAUUGCUUCUGCUGAAGUCCGGGAGAAUGAUUUCAUCUGUCGUUUGAAAGACACUGAUAUCACGCUGAUCAUUCGUCAAAGGCGCGACCAUUACCCACUCGUCAGUAGAGCGGUCAUGACCUCUUAUGCAGACACUAUUUUGAAAUAUGGAGGAAACGCAAAAGAUAUAGAGGACGAUGCCCUCUGCCUCUGGCUUGAUGCAUUGACACUGCAGGCACUGACGUGCCCAAUUGAGUCAAAGGAGGGGGUUCCAUACUGGGAAUGCCUCACAAUGAAAGAUGCGAUUUCCAGACUUGGGGUAUUUGAUACGUCGAAUAUGGACCAUUCCCUGCGCCCGGAAGUUAAAUCUAAUGAGACGUCACAUAUGGCUGAUUCCCUGCGUCCUAGAGUUAAAUCCAAUGUUACUUCGAUAAUUAAUUCUAAGAAUCGGACGGUAGUGAUUAAUCAUUUUAGAUAA